AAAAAAAAACCCACUUGAUAUAGACUUUAUAGGAAUCACCUUCUCAAGAACAGAGAGAGAGAGAUGGCUGCUUCUCCGUCUUCUUCCAGACCUCACAUAGUUCUCUUCCCAUUCAUGUCCAAAGGCCACACCAUCCCACUUCUCCACCUCGCCCGACUCCUCCUCCAUCGCAACACCACCGUCACCAUUUUCACCACCCCAGCAAACCAGCUCUUCAUCUCUGACUCGCUCUCCCACACAGAUGCCUCCAUCGUCGAGCUUCCUUUCCCGCAGAACAUCGACGGAGUCCCUGCCGGGGUGGAGAGCACCGACAAGCUCCCUUCCAUGUCACUCUUUCCCCCCUUCGCCGCUGCCACAAAACUCAUGCAACCCAACUUCGAGCAAUCGCUCGAGACUCUCCCCAACGUCACUUGCAUCAUAUCCGACGGUUUCUUGGGGUGGACCCUAGAAUCUGCGACUAAAUUUGGAAUCCCGCGCCUCGUUUACUAUGGCAUGAGCAACUACUCAAAUGCCGUGGUCAUGAGUGCCGUUAUAAAGAACAAUCAGCUUUCAGGAUCCGAGUUGGACGAUGACCCGUUCGCGGUGACAGAUUUCCCGUGGAUCAAGCUCACGAGGAACGACUUCGACGAGCCCUUCAAUUCGCGUGAACCAGAGGGCCCUCACAUCGACUUCAUCAUAGCGCAAGUCAAUGCGACGUCGAAUAGCUACGGUCUAGUCACCAACAGCUUCUGUGAACUCGAGGAGUUAUUUGUAGAAUACUGGAACCGUGAGUCUAAACCCAAGUCGUGGUGUAUAGGACCCUUAUGUUUGGCUGAACCGCUGACGAAGACCGAACCUUGGUCACACAAGAAGCCCACUUGGCUACAAUGGCUGGACCAGAAACUAGCCCAGGGUAGUUCGGUUCUCUACGUCGCCUUUGGGUCUCAGGCUGAAAUAUCUUCUCAACAGUUGCGUGAAAUAGAAGUUGGUUUGGAGAAAUCAAAAGUGAACUUUCUGUGGGUGACGAGGAAGAGUGAAUCGGAACUCGACGUUGGGUUUCAAGAGAGAGUGAAGGGGAGAGGGUUGGUGGUGAGGGAUUGGGUUGACCAGAGGGCUAUUCUAAGACACGAGAGUGUCCGAGGAUUUCUGAGUCAUUGUGGUUGGAACUCGGUGUUAGAGAGCGUAUGCGCCAAGGUUCCGAUUCUGGCUUGGCCGAUGAUGGCGGAGCAGCACAUUAACGCGCGAAUGGUGGUGGAGGAGAUCAAGGUGGGGCUGAGAGUUGAAACAAGCAAUGGGUCGGUGAGGGGUUUCGUGAAGUGCGAGGGUUUGGAGAAGAUGGUGAGAGAGCUGAUGGAGGGGGAGAUGGGGAAGGAGGUAAGGAAGAAGGUGAAGGAGUUUGGAGAGGCGGCGAAGAAGGCCGUAGAGGAGGGAGGAUCAUCUUGGCACACACUGAACCAGCUCAUUGAUGAGUUACACAAGCAAGCAAUAAGGAGUGGCAUUUAGAAAUUGUGGCAGACUUGUUGCAUCUGAAAGGUAGGGAAGUGAUGAAGAUGAUAUUUUGUUUUCCCCUAAUAGUAGUAUAAAUUGUCUUUUUUUUUUUUUUUUUUCUGCCAAUAAGGAUACCAUAAGUUUCCCUUGCUAUUGGUACUUGUGGUCCUCACUAGGGGGUUAUAAAAUCAAUGACUAAAUGGUUCCCUGAUUUUGGUUUACUUAUUCUCCAGUGAGCUAUGGUGUUUUAAAGACUGUCAAAAUUAGAGUAUAUCUUGAAUGAUCAUUUUCC